AUGGCCAAAGCGAAAGAUAAAAAGGGCGCCUUAGGCGGAGCCAACAGUCAUUUACGAGCCCGAUUGGCGUACCUUCAUAACGCCGCAAGCCUUCUUCAAUCCGUGACAGUUUCCUCAAAGGAACCAGAUGAUCAGCGAGCCGAUAAUGGAAACCGAGAGAUAACGGGUUUGACAAGGAUUGUACCACAUGUUGCAAAGCCUGGCAUUGCAGCUCAGAGACAGUUGUUUGCUACAGGCCCAUCAAACGACACAGAUCGUCUUUCGCAACUCGCCCGAGUUUAUAUAUCACAUUUGCGGGGAGUGUCCCUGAAAUCUCAGCUGCGGCUGCCAGUGGAAGUCAAGCGUUCAUUCUGCAAGCGCUGCGAUACACUUCUAAUUCCCAAUGUCAACUGCACACAUGAGAUUAGAAAUGAGAGCCGUGGUCGCCGAAAACCUUGGGCAGAUGUACUGGUCAUUCGUUGCACUACAUGUGAGACGGAAAAGCGCUUUCCACAAACAGAGAAGCGGAGCAAGAAACUUGCGGAACGUCGGAAGGAAAAAGCAGAAGCGGAGAAGCCAGAUGUUAAGUGA